UACCAAUCCUCCCCUCCUUCCUUCUUCUUCCUCCUCUCUCUCAAACAAUCCCUUUCCUUUCUCUCUCUAACUCUCCUUCUCUCUCAACACUUCCUCAAGCAACGCAUCAUUUCUCCUCCAUCCCCAUCAACAUAUAUGUAUAUAUACUCUCUUCUCCAACAAUUCCCACCAAAAUCAAACAACACACACACACACACACUUGUUCAUCUCAAAACUUUUUCCGGCGAAAUCCCUCUCCUCCGAAAUGGCCUCCGAGCAAGCUCCGGUAGAAUCCCCACUACCCCUCUCCAAAUACUCCAAAAGGGUCACCUUGGACUCAAUCUCCAGCCGCCCAGACGGCGGCGUGGGGCUGAUCGGACAGAGGGUGGUCGUCGGGGGCUGGGUCAAGUCCUCCCGGGAAUUCAAGGCGGCGGCGCCGCCUCCCGCCGCCGGAGCCCCCAAAGACAUCAGCUGCGUCGAAGUCCUCCAAACAAAGCUCCCCUUUUUCCGGUCGAUCAUAAAGGUUUUCGGCGGCGAGCAGCGGAUACGGGACAAAAUCGAGUCGGUUCUCCCCAAGCCGCCGCAGCCCUCCAUCUCAAUCUUGCAGAUUAGCGAUGGAUCCUGCGUUUCAAGUCUCCAGGUGGUUGUGGAUUCCGGCUUAGCUCCACCGGCGCAUAUUAUGGCAACGGGGACGUGCAUUUUAGUGGAGGGCUUGUUUCAGAAGCCGUCGCUGCUGGAGAAGGAGAAGUAUAGAAUAGAGGUGAAAGCAGACAAUAUCCUCCACAUUGGAAGCGUGGAUCAAGACAGAUACCCUCUCUCCAAGAAGCGUUUGCCUCUGGAGUUGCUCCGCGACUCCGCCCAUUUCCGUCCACGAACAACCACGGUUGCAUCCGUGAUGAGGAUAAGAAACGGCCUCACGCAAGCGGCCCACACAUUCUUCCAAGAGAAUGGAUUCCUACUCGUGCAAGUGCCCGUGAUCACGGCCACCGACUGCGACGGCCUCGGCCAGAGCCUCGUGGUCGCGGAGGCGCAAGAGAGGAGCCGCGACGCCAUCAAGCUCGACACGAUACGCGCCUCCCUCAAGGAGAAGACCAAAAAGAUCGACCAACUUAAGAGGAACGAGAGCGACAAAGAAGCGUUAGCCGCAGCCGUGCAGGACCUCAAGAAAACAGCCGAGCUAGCUUCUCAAGUUGAGGCAAAGCAAAGAGGAAACAAAUCACUGAAUUUCUUCCCUUGCAAGACCUACCUGUCCGCCUCCGGCCGCCUCCAUCUCGAGAGCUACGCCUCCGCUCUGGGGAACGUCUGCUCCUUCGGGCCUAGAUUCCACGCCAGCGCCUCCCAGUCGAAGAAGCUGCUGGCCGAGAUGUGGAUGGUCGAGAUCGAAGUGGCCUUCUCCGAGCUACAGGACUCUAUGCAGUGUGCAGUCGACUUCUUGAAGUUCGUGUGCAGGCGGAUCUUGGAGAGCUCCGCGGAGGAUCUGAAGUUCAUGGCGAAGCGCGUGGACAAGCACGUGGUGGACCGCCUCCAGCUCAUCGCAGAAGGCCCAUUCGAGAAGAUCUCAUACACAGAAGCAGUGAAGGUUUUGAAGCAGGGGAAAUUCGAGGGGAGCAUUGAGUGGGGCGCGCCUCUCUCCGAGGAGCACGAGUUCCACUUAGCAGAGGAGGUAUACAAGAAGCCCGUGAUCGUGUACAACCACCCUAAGGAGCUGAAGCCGUUCAAUGCCCGUUGCAACGAUGAUGGAGAGACGUGUGCAGCGUUUGAUGUGAUCGUGCCCAAGGUGGGAGCUCUCAUCAGGGGAAGCCAGAGCGAGGAGAGGUUCAACAUGUUGAGCGCAAGGAUGAAGGAGUUGGGGUUAGAGAAGAAGCAGUAUGAGUGGUAUGUUGAUCUGCGUAGGCACGGUGCAGUGAAGUGCUCCGGCUUCAGCUUCAUGUUCGACCCCUUCGUGCUCUACGCCACCGGCCUCAAUGAUGUCCACGACGCCACCCCCUUCCCCCGGAGCUUCGGCCAACUCCACAACUAGACACUCACAACAUACUCAAAAUUAGGACUAGAUUUGAUCAAACAUGUAUACAAUGUACAUAAAUAACAUUGCAAUACUGAAAUACAAAUAUUUGUCACUAAA